CAACAACAUGGCGGCUGCCGCAGCACGGUUUUUUCGUGCGAAAUUAUCGCGUUUAUCUGUCAGUUACAUUCAGAAAAGCAGACCAUUUAUCACGACAGUAUUCAGGUUAAAUUUAAAAAAUGCUUCAAGAUGGCGGAGGUUCUAUUUACCGCCAAGAAAGACCUUACAUUGGGGAUUUGCUUUGGGUACUACAGGGGUACUAUGCGGAGGUGUUGCAUUUUGUGCUGCAAGCUCAGGUGAUUUAAUAGAUCUAAAUAAGUCUAAUUCAUCUGAGAUUAUUAGAUCAUAUUCUUCCCCCGCCAGUCUUUUUGCUCUUUUGAAGAGAAAAGGAGAAAAUUAAUUACAGUAGUAUAGUAUUUCAGGCUGGAGGCGAUGACAUAAGCUUGUUUAGUAAAAUCCAACUAGCGGUCUAUUUUCAAUGCUGCGUUCUGAUCGGUUGAGCUACUACUAGGCUAUAUGUUAUAGCCCACUAGUAGCGAAAAGCACCGGCUUUGAAAACCCAACAAUGGCGGCUGAAUCGCGCUUUGAUAGCUUAAGUUGUUUUGUCUUGAUAUUUUUGACCAACUAAUUGCAUUUUACUAAAACAAUUAUUCCUCUCGCCGUCAUGGCCUCUGAGUCAAUAGCCCAUCCGGCCUUUGGCCUCAUGGGCUAUUCACUUAGAGCCCAUUUGGGCUCGAGGAAUAAUUGUUAAAUAACCGGGGGGUCACUCCAUUAUAAAAGUGAUGGGGAUGCUCAUCAUCUCGGUUAGGGGUGUCAGUUGCUGAUUUUGGUCUCACUUAAGGUGUUCUGGACGGAAAGUUACUAUAUUUGCCCAUUCAGGUAUCGCUUAAGCCUGUGGAUAAAGAAAGCGAAAGCGACUGUUUUAGUAUGGUCUCCUUUAGGAGUCAGUUUAAGCUUGAGCCACACCUACAUUAGUAUCAAGGGUUCUCAAUGCUGUUAGCCUCCCAGAAAUGUCUUUUCAAGGUCCUUCUCAGCAGGAGCUGCAGGGGAUAUGUGUGUUGAUAUUAACAAAAUGGAAUGCCCCUGGGCCUCAAUAAAUUUCAAGGCUGUUUAUCCCCCCUCCCUUGGCAUUUUGGAAUUAGAUACCAAGACAUGCGCUUCCAAGUCUGUGCAUUUUUUGUCAGCCAGUCAUUGCCAUUGUGGUCUAAAGUUUUUUUAUUAUUGUCAUUUUGUUGAUUUUCUUUUUAACAGGUAUAGUUGAGAGGAUGUGCAGAACAACCAAACAUAAUGACAGUACAGAACUUCAAAGGUAUUCACCAUUUUUUCUUGAAUUAAGACACCCAGUCUGUUUGAUGCUAUUAUGACUGUGAUCGUCAUUAUGUAUGGGACCCAUGCUUCUGACUCUAUUGUUCCUCUGUUGCAUUUUAGACUGAUAAGCCAAGGUCAUGAUGUGAACCAGAAACAUCCCCUGGGAUGGACUCCACUUCAUGUAGCUGCCAUGAACAGGAGUGAAAGGUAGGUCAAUAACCCCAUCUAUAAGAUCUCGAGAGAUUUUUUAUGCGGUAAAAACAUACCGUAAAAUUCCGAAAAUAAGCCCCUCCAUGUAUAAGCCCCUCCAAAUAUAAGCCGCUCAAAAUCGUAACGCAAAAAACCCUCCGUUAAAUCGCCCCUCCGAAUAUAAGCCCGCCAGGGGGCUUGUACAUGGAAUUUGCUCUCGAAUACAAAGUAAAGCAAAGCAAAAAUGGUAAAUUUCCUUCCCACUACAAGCUAGCCCAAUCGAUUUUGAAACCCAAAUUUCCCUCCGUAGAUAAGCCCCUCCAAAUAUAAGUCCCUCAAAAAGGGCCUUUGAAAAAUAUAAGCCCCGGGGGUUAUUUUCGGAAUUUUACGGUACUUCCAUUUUUUACAUCCUAGCAUAUUUACAAUGUGGUUGAUGUCCAGCAAACUGAUCAUGUGUAUGCAAUGCCUGGCUGCUGUCUCUGAUCUGUGAUUACUUUGCCUUACAUUAAUUGAAGGUGUCUAGCAUUGCUCAUAGAAGCUGGAGCUGAUGUCAGUGCAAGAGAAGAAUUUAGUACAGCUUUCAAGACAGCUCAGAAGAAACACAUGAGAUCUUUUGAUGGUUUGUUCUUCCUGCAUUCUAAAAGUAAAAAUCAGUCAGAUAGAUAGUCUAAAAUGUUAGCUGCCUGUUUGCCCUGCCGCACCCCACCCCAACCCCCAAUGGGCAAUGCAGCCUGCCAGUCAUGAAUAUCAGCCUUAAAUAGAACAGCAUCUACCAUGUGGUAGUAUCUGCUUUGUGAUAAGCUAACUGUGCAUUGUCAGAUAAGUAGAUGUUGAAAAGGAAGAAAAAUCUAAGAGAUAAUAUAUCAUUGUUCAAAUUUCUAUUACUCAGUUUUUUGUUUAUGAUUAAAAUGCAGUGAUAUUCAUACGAGAUGAUGACUUCAGUGAGAGGCUCCAUCGGAGUGCAAACUUCAGUGGAUUCACCCCACUUCAUUAUGCAGCUCUUGCUGACAGCCUUGAAUGUGUUCAUCUGCUUGUUGAUGCAGGUAAGUUUGUAAAAAGUCAGGGGCACCCAAUGACGGUUUCCUCCUAAAUACAUUGAAAACUCUCUUUAGGCUAUCCAGAGUACUUUUAGAUCUCUACAAAUGCAUUCUAAGCAGCAGUAUAAAAUUUGUAUCUGUUCAGUCAUCCUAGGGGAACUCAAGUCUUUUUGAAAUUACAAGUGCUUCAGAAUUAUUUUCCCGAAAAAUUUUAGAUGCAAUUUAGCGUUUUAUACGAAAAUGAAAUUUUUCUUAUUCCUCUCUCCAUCACAUUUCUGAAUCUCAAAGUUUUAGGUUUUCUUUUUCUACAAAAACUAGCCCAAGAUGGGCCGAGUAAAAUGUGAGAAAUUAAACUUCAGAAAAUCGUAGGGAAUUUAUUAGAUAAGCUUCAAAAGUUGUACCUAAAAGGAACACUCAUCUAGAAAUUUUCAGUCAUCCUCAAGAAAAAGAAAAUUUUAGGCUACAUUUGCUUCUCUGAACAGUUAAUUCAGAGAAAACAGUCUUUGGGUGCCCCUGAAAAGUACCGUUAUUUGUUUUAAAAGUUAGUCAUGCUGGACCACGGCUGGUGUCACUUGGUUUUUGUUGCUUGAAAAAGGUGUGGUUUGUCAGAUCGUAGAAGUUAAUGGUUAAGGAUACUGGAGAGAUUUAGCCUGAUUGCAUUUAAGAAAAACAGGCAGCUGAAAAAUUAGUUUUAGUUGUUGUUUUAUUGUUACUAUCAUUGUUGCAGGGGCUGAUCCAACACUGAAAGAUGAUUUGGGGCAUACAGCUAUGGAAUAUGCAGGAAGUGAAAAAAUCAAAGAGUUCUUGAGCAAUAAAAUGGAAUUGGUAUGAAUGGUUUUACGUCAUAUUUUAUUUACUAGUUUCUGAACAAAACAGGAGAAACUGCUUGCAAAAAGGUAUCAUUGCCAUUGAUAGAUCAGAUCAUCAGAUCAUCAAUUUUAUUUUCUAUGUUGCAACUGAGUCCUGAUGGUUAGCAGUGGUUUUCUUAUCUGUUGUCUGUUGCUUGUUGCAUGCAUCACCACAUUGUACUAGAUCUCUACAGUUUGAACAUGCAACACAAGUAUGCAACCUAGUACUACCACUUCUUCUCCUUAACAUUUUAAACCACAUUUGGCUGUUUUGUGUAGUAUACCAAAGAGAAAGAGAAAAAGGAAGCAGAAGAGAGGCGGCGCUAUCCUCUGGAGAUGAGACUUAGAGAAAACAUAGUGGGACAAGAGGGAGCCAUACUUUCAGUUGCUGCAAGUAAGUGUUUGUAGCUUAAUAAAUAUUAUGACACUAAACAAUAUUAAUAUUAGUUUAUUUAGAACUUAUUGUAAUUGAAUUAACUGCUUAUUUGUGGCACUCCAAUGUAAGCAACCCUUUCUCUGUAAGAAGAAAUUUCAUUCUAUAAAAAAAUUAUCUCUUUCAGCCAUACGCAGGAGAGAAAAUGGCUGGUAUGAUGAAGAGCAUCCCCUUGUGUUUCUAUUUCUUGGUUCCUCUGGAAUCGGUAAGUAUCAAGAACUCGAACUGUAAUUAAUAUGCCAAAUGCAUUGUUAAACACCUCAAAAAUAGCUCAUUUAACCACCAUUCACCAGCUUUCCACUUUGAACUUGCUUGCUUGAUUUAUUUUUCUUGUAGGAAAAACAGAACUAGCAAAACAGGUUGCCAGAUACCUACACAAAGACAACAAGAAGGUACAUCAAGCAAUAAGUUGCUAGAUUUUAUCAGUAUUGAGAUAAAACUGGUUAUUGAAGACUAACAUUCAAAUCUUUUUUAACAGACACUUCUUGGAAACAGACACCUCCCUUAAAACAUCAACAGACAUCAGUUUUGUUCAUUUAAUCUUUGCUGUUCUUCAGUUAUGUUCCUUACCCAAAUAGUGCUUUUUUCAAAAACAUGUGAAUUCUGAGGUUCAAAAGCCAACUGAUGUUUGUGUUCCUUGCUGCCAUCAGUCAUCUUAGCAGACCUCUUAGGAAACAUAAGUUUACUUCAAGGGGUUUAAACGUUCGUGGUUUGUGAUUUGUGAUUCAUUGGUGCAUUUCGAUCCGUUUUGUGUGUUUCUGUGUUUCAAGGUCCGUUGCUUGUGAUCGUAAUAGUUUAUUAUGAUUGACGGCAUCAAAAAGAGCAAUAAAUAUUGUGAAGGUGGCUUUUGAACUUCAGAGUUCUCGGGUUUUUGAAAAGCACGGUAACUCUUCAUAGACUUCCACUUAGGUGGACACUUAGGUGUGCCAAAAAAAUGCCGAUGAGUCUGUCUUACUUAAAGUUUACACUAAAGGAGAUUUUAGUAGAUUUGUGACAAAUACAGGACAUUUUGAUAUUGGAUUCAUUUUGCCAUUUACUCACAGAUUGUGAACCUGAAAAAAAGUCUCAGGUUGGUCAGGUGUCAAGAGAUUUUAAAUUUGGAAUCUGAAGUGAAUUUUUUAUUUUCAAAGAAAUGUUCUUUUCAUGAUUCAAUUAUGUAUAAUAAUCUCAUUGCAUAGUAAUUUUUUUAUCAUUUCAGGGUUUCAUAAGACUGGACAUGUCUGAAUACCAAGAAAAACAUGAAGUAUGUAUAACUUAAGUUCAGCUAUAUUUAUUUGUUUUUAACUCUCCUGCACCACCUUAAACAAAGACAACUUUGAACUCUAACAAAUAAAAGCGGCCAAUUUAAGUCUGUCAUUGUCCGAUGACCGACUGUUAUUUUCUGCUCAAGACAUGUCAAACAUGUUGAGUUGUUGACAGUGGCACAAUGUAGAAGCCAGUUUUGAAAUGUAGCUUUGUUUUUAGGUGGCAAAGAUGAUCGGUGCACCCCCAGGGUACAUAGGUCAUGAUCAAGGAGGACAACUAACCAAGAAACUUAAAGAAUGUCCUAACGCUGUGGUGCUGUUUGAUGAGGUCAGGAGAAUUUUCAAUUGAACGUCCAGGCACGUUCACCUAAAUUUUGCUUUUGCAUUGCCACUUCUUGUCAAUAAUAGGGACCUUACAAUAUUCGACAGCGGAGACGUAAUUGAUGACAUCACUGAAAAACCAACUUCAGGUCAUUUUGAAUUUGAUUAUUACCACUCGUUCAGUCUUUUUAAUUUGGGAAAUUAAGCUGGAGCUGAAGAAAGAGAGCACCAGACACAAACUCAGAUAGACAGAGUUUAAUAUCACCUUUCCGUUCACUCUUGAGCACUUAAAAACUGGUCAUUUCGUAUCGUACACAUGUAGUUUGCAGGGACUUAAUUUACAGAAAAGCUUGAUACACAUGCUGAGCUGUUUCUUUGCUCAUUAAAAUCUGUUACAUUUUUUACGUUCCCCUUGUCGUUGCUGUCAGAGGACGAGUUAGGGGAACCAUUAGGGUAAGCCUAACUUUAAUAUUUCCCAUGCUUUUAUUUAUGUACUUUGGACCAUUACCUUAAGGUUUCCGUAACAUAAAUGUUACUCGGUUAUGUGACAUUUUACUUUACCCAAGUCAUUUUAUUUUACUCGCUGCACACAAAAACGAAACUUUCUUUUGCCAAUAGAUAUUUUUGCGUUUUUUAGGUAGACAAAGCUCAUCCAGAUGUUUUGACGGUCAUGUUGCAGUUAUUUGAUGAGGUAGAGUACUUGUCUUGCCGUCGCGCUGUUUCCUUAGACAAGAAAUUUUGCUCCACUUGGUCUCUCUUCAUCCAGGUCUCAGUUAUAGAAAGGCUGGAUAGCAAAUCUUUAUCCACUUGAUAAGUGUUAGGGAAACCAAUAUUGCGCUAUCCAGCUGUGAAUAGAGAUUUAUCUAAUGGACAGUGUUAGCCACGUUUUUAACAUCUGGCGCCAGGGUAGAUUUUGUUGGGCCACGCCAUUUUGGCCGGCAUAGGUUUGCAAGAACGCGAAGUAUUUCUGCCUUGUAGGUUGGCCCUAGGCCUUGAAAAGUGGCUAUAAAUGAUAUCGGCUAUUAAAACAAUGAAGUAAAGUGUUUUGUUUAUGCUGCUGUUUUAGGGUCGUUUAACAGAUGGUCAGGGAAAAACCAUUGUUUGCAAAGAUGCGAUCUUCGUGAUGACGUCAAAUCUUGCAAGUGAUGAAAUAGCCAAUCAUGCGCUAGAACUGAGAAGAGAGGCAAAAGAAGCGGCUGAACAUAGGGAAGAAGGUGAGAGAUGCACAAAGAGAAGUAUUUGAGUUUUUCUAAUCAUUAGAGCGAUUUUCGUAUGACCUUGAAAAAUGGUUUCGCAGUUCACAUCAUCUUCAAAACUUAUUUUCAUAAGAAAUGUUUUGCUCGUAGCCUCGGUUUGAAAGUAAGAGUUUUUGGAAUGUGUAAAUAGCUUAUUUUAAUAAGCAGUUUUUCCAGCUUUUUUGCACUUUUGCUUUUUUACUCGUCUGUUUUAAUUAGAUGGGGAAAUAAGCGAGAAGGUGACCAUAUCAAGAAAGUUCAAAGAGAGGGUGGUGCAGCCAAUCCUCAAGGUAAGCGAGGAAUAGUUGACGACCGUACAUUUUUCAGUCUAUGUCAGCGUAGCCCCCCACGCAGGUGAUUUUAGGGGACACCGUAAGAAUCACCUGCGUGGGAGACUAGUGUUCGCACUGUAUUUUCUUCUUUUUUGUUUCUUUCUCUGUUUAUUGUAUUGUACUAACAAAACAUCACGUCAGCAACACCAGGAAACACACUCUUAUAAUUCAUUGAAAUCUAACGUGUGAAAAAUCACGUUAUUCUUGUCUCCUACCGGUCCUAUUCGGUAUAGUUUUUACGGUUUUUUCAAAUUUUGAUGAGGAUCAUUUGACGAAAAUCCGUCGACUUCGCUGAAAAGAGUACCUUAAAAUUAAAUUUCCCAAGCUUAAAAGUGAAACGUCUAGAGAGAGGGAAACUAUAGCUCCCCCAAAGUCGCGAAUUUUUCCGAUGUUGAGGGCUCCAACAAGUGUCUAUAAAAUUUUGCGGCUUUGUGGAGUUAUAUCUGUGUUCUUUUUCAACAAAUCACUCUCAAACUUGGCAAUUUUACUAUUUUUUAGGCUCUCUUUUCAGCGGUGUAGAUUGAUUUAACUAUCUGGUCCAUGCUAAAAGAUGCAAUACCGUGGAAGGGAUUAUUCCCGAAAGUACGCCCUGAGGGGCUCCUAAGAGGUGCGGCUUGUUUUCAAAAUGUGACGCCAUGUAUCGGGAUUGUGGAUGUCGUGAAGUCAACAUAUUUGCUUAAAGCAAAAACGCUGAUCGUGUCUAAAAUAAUAUUAUUAUUUCAAGAAAAAUAAUUUUUAAGAUUUCGCCAGAAUGAAAGGAACAAUCUUCUUCCCUUUGACAGCUUCACUUCAGACGAGAUGAAUUCCUUGGACGCAUCAACGAGAUGGUGUACUUUCUUCCCUUCUCACGCUCAGAGCUCAUCACCUUGGUUACAAGAGAACUUAACUUUUGGGCAAAAAUGGUUUGUAAAUCUCUCUUCAUUAUGAUUCCCCGGAUAUUCUCCUCGCGCUCUCGUGUUUUCCUUUGGCUAUGGUUUUUGCUCUUUGUUAGCCUGAGAAAACAACCGACAUUUCGCAACGCCGGCUCCACUGGUUUCCCCGCACAGUAAUUUUCAAGGACUUAUAAUAACUCCUCUAGUUGGGCUAAUUUAACUCCUUACAGUGGAGUUAUUUUUUGGGGAGUUAUUUUAACUCCAAAAAGGAGUUUAAAGAACUCUUUUUCAGGAGUAAAAGUGACCCCAGAUAUUGAGGAGUUAAAAUAACCCCCAAAAAGGAGUUAUCCUGUACCUAAAAUUUUUACUCCACUUUCAGAGUUAAAUUAACUCCAAAAAGAGUAAAAACAACCCAUGUAAGGAGUAAAAAUAACGCCAUUUCGGAGUUAUUUUAACUCCAGACUGGGAGUAAAAAAAAACUCUUUUUCCGGAGUAAAAAUGACCCCAAAUUCGGAGUUAAAUUCGGAGUUAAUAUAAGCCCAAAAAAGGGGUUAUCCUGUACCUAAAAUUUCUACUCCAUUUUUGGAGUUAUAAUUACCCCCCUUAAAAAUUACGGUGCGCGAAAUGUGGUCUGGGCGUCUGAAGAACGAGCGCAGAAAUUCCAUACUGAUUAUAUGCCACCACUCAGAUAUAUGGACCGUGCUUCUGAUUGGUCGUGCCGCGAGGGAAAUUUGCUUGAACCAAUCAGCAGAAAUGCCCAGAUCUUGGUAGUGACAAGUCAUCAGAAUGGAAUCUCUGCGUUCGUGGUGUCGAGGAGAUGUCGGCUUUUUUUCCCAGGCCAGUAGUUUGUCUUUCGUUUUGUCUGUGCGAAAGUUUUGUUGGAGGUUUUAAGGCCUUUCUGCCUUUGUGAACUAAAUGUCUAAAAACGUCAGAAUCCUUUAGUAAGUAUUUAAGUGACCUUUUUUAUUAUCCUUCUUUGAUCUAGGCUUUAAACCGUCAUGAUAUUCACAUGUCAUGGGACAGGGAAGUCUUGGAUGUGCUGGCGGAUGGCUAUGAUGUGCAUUACGGAGCGCGAUCGAUUAAACACGAGGCAAGAUUAAUUUACCCUCUCGGGGACUCGGGGUAGAUGAUUUGUUCGUUUUGCAAACAAAUAAGGAUCUGGCCACCAUUGCAACCAGGCAAUCACAAUAAACACCAGCUAAUAACUGAGAUAACCUUAUAAGAAGGCGAGACAGUUGGUGAAACGAAUGCUUAUCACAGUUAACGUCAGCGUAAAACACAGAGAAAUAUGCAACUCAGUGCUAAGCGCGAGAAAACACAUUUAGCAAUCUAAAUCACGAUUGGAUCGAAUCAGGGCAAACUCUUGCGGCAAAUGGCUAAAACUGUCCAGUAUAAAUUCUUUGAGAGAUCGCCGAUGGUCAUGCAAAACUGAUGUUUCUCCCAUUCAUUUGUUCUAGGUCGAGAGAAGAGUCGUCAAUCAGUUAGCUGCUGCACAUGAGCGAGAGUUGAUAAGUCCCGGAUGCUCCCUGCACAUAACUGUGGGCCACCCCAAAGGUGAAGGUGGACGAAGUUUUGGAGAAGAUUUAGCACCAAUAAUAAAACUGCAGCUCAUAAAAGAAGGAAAGAAGAAAGUCGAUAUUGACGUUGGAGACGUGUUUGUCCCCGAAGACAAGCUGUUCUUUUAA